GCCUUAAAGAAGUAGCAAGCAACAUAUUUAAUUUGUUUUGAAUAACCUAACUUUUUGAAGAUGUCACAUUUUCAAUGUAUAUGGCAUUUAAACUGACCAGAAACGAAAGUGUUAUGAAUUUUGUUUGACGAAUGCGAAAAAUAAAUAAGAAAAACUAAAAAUGUCACUGAAGAGGAAGUUGGAUGUCCAAGUUCCUGCAGAGGAGAGUGACUUAAUGUCAAUUCGACCUCUAGGAGCUGGCCAGGAGGUUGGAAGAUCAUGCAUAGUGUUGGACUUCAAAGGGAAGAAAAUAAUGUUGGAUUGCGGCAUUCACCCGGGUCUAACAGGAAUGGACGCUUUACCAUUUGUAGAUUUAAUUGAAGCUGACGAAAUAGACUUGCUGUUGAUUUCACAUUUUCAUCUUGACCACUGUGGAGCAUUACCAUGGUUUUUACAAAAGACGAGCUUCAAAGGCCGCUGCUUUAUGACCCAUGCUACCAAAGCAAUUUACAGAUGGUUAUUGUCUGACUAUAUUAAGGUCAGCAAUAUAGCAACAGAACAAAUGUUGUACACAGAGUCGGACUUAGAAGCGAGUAUGGAUAAAAUAGAGACAAUAAAUUUUCACGAAGAAAAAGAUAUUUUUGGAGUUAAAUUUUGGGCGUAUAACGCAGGUCAUGUAUUGGGAGCUGCUAUGUUUAUGAUCGAAAUUGCCGGUGUGAAAAUUCUCUACACCGGAGACUUUAGUCGUCAAGAAGAUAGACAUUUAAUGGCCGCUGAAAUACCAAACGUUCAUCCCGAUGUUCUCAUCACUGAAUCAACAUACGGAACGCAUAUUCAUGAAAAACGGGAAGAUCGUGAAGGAAGAUUUACAAGUUUAGUGAGUGAAAUUGUAACGCGUGGUGGUCGAUGUCUAAUACCGGUAUUUGCACUCGGCAGAGCGCAAGAGUUACUGCUUAUUUUGGACGAAUACUGGAGUCAGCAUCCCGAGUUGCAGGAGAUACCGAUUUAUUACGCGUCAUCGCUCGCGAAGAAAUGUAUGGCAGUUUAUCAAACGUACGUGAAUGCAAUGAACGAUAAGAUUCGCAGGCAGAUUGCAAUAAAUAAUCCGUUUGUGUUUAAGCAUAUAUCGAAUUUGAAGGGUAUUGAUCAUUUCGAUGACAUUGGUCCCUGUGUUGUGAUGGCGUCGCCUGGAAUGAUGCAAAGUGGACUUUCGCGUGAACUCUUUGAAUCGUGGUGCACUGACUCGAAGAACGGUGUUAUUAUCGCUGGUUAUUGUGUUGAAGGUACUUUAGCGAAGGCAAUUCUUUCCGAACCUGAGGAAAUUACAACAAUGUCAGGACAGAAAUUACCCUUGAAAAUAUCAGUUGAUUAUAUUUCUUUCUCAGCUCAUACGGAUUAUCAGCAAACUUCAGAAUUUGUCCGAGCUUUAAAACCACCACAUGUAAUAUUAGUUCAUGGCGAACAGAACGAAAUGGGUCGAUUGAAAGCUGCCCUCCAACGGGAAUACGAAGACGAUCCAAGUACAACUAUGGAAAUUCAUAAUCCAAGAAAUACAGUCGCUGUCGAAUUGUAUUUCAGAGGCGAGAAGACAUCGAAAGUAAUGGGAGCGUUAGCUAUGGAAACACCUAAAUCCGGUCAAAAAUUGUCCGGCGUUCUGGUGAAAAGAAACUUCAACUAUCACAUGCUAGCGCCUAGUGAUUUAUCAAAAUACACCGACAUGAGUAUGAGUCAAGUUCUGCAAAGACAAAGUAUUCAUUUUUCCGCCUCAUUACCGCUGCUUCGGCAUUUACUGGCCCAAAUUUCGGGCAAUUUGGAAAUUCUCGACGAUAAGAGACUACGUGUUUUUAAAAGUAUUGACGUCAAUAUGGAGGGAAAAAUAGUUACGCUCGAGUGGAUUGCAACGCCGGUCAAUGACAUGUACGCAGAUUCGGUGCUUACUGCUUUGCUGCAAACUGAAAUGAUGGAACAACUUCCUAAAACAUUACCCGCACCGACAAAAAUGGAUAGAAUGCACUUCAAGGAAUGUCUCAUAGAAUUAUUACAAGAAAUGUUUGGCGAAGAUUCUGUACCUAAAAUUUUCAAAGGUGAAAAACUCUAUGUCACUGUUGACGGAAAGAAAGCUCACAUUGAUCUCAUUAAUCUUGAAGUAACCAGCAAAGAAGAUGAAACAUUACGACAGAUAGUGCAAACAGCAGUUACUAAAUUACAUCGAUCUUUAGCCCCUCCGUCGGAGAAAGUCUAAUUACUUUAAUAUUUGUGUUGCUGUAACCCUGUGAACAAUAUAAUAAAUUUAUAUUUCCAUUUUGUUAAAUGUUUUAUAAUAAAUACGUUCUUUUUAAAAAAUUCUUCAACGAAAACUCAAAAGCGUCUGAAGGUCUAAGAAUUGUACACAAAUGAAAUUUACAUUAAAACAUUUUAAAUUGUAUACAACAUAAUUAUACGUAUAUUUUUUCUGAAGAAAAGUAAAAAAUAUUUUUAAGCAGAUAA